AUGAAACGACUUUAUCCCUAUCCUUGUCGAGAAUUCACGUUAAAGGAGAGCUUUUGGUUCGCAUUGACGUCUUUUACACCGCAGGGAGGCGGUGAAGCUCCAAAAGCGUUAUCAAGCAGGACACUGGUUGCAGCUUAUUGGCUAUUCGUUAUACUAAUGCUCGCCACUUUUACUGCCAACUUAGCUGCUUUUCUUACCGUGGAAAGAAUGCAGUCACCUGUGCAAUCGUUGGAGCAACUGGCUAGACAAUCGCGCAUAAACUAUACUGUUCUGGCCAACUCUAGUUCUCAUCAAUAUUUCAUAAACAUGAAAAACGCCGAGGAUAAACUUUAUACGUGUGUAAAACAAACGUUAUCUUCUUAUGAAACACGUUGUUAGGAUAAACUACAUUAUGCAUGCUAUUUGCUUGUAGAGUAUAGAAAGAAAUCACCCUAAACAGUACCAGCGAUCAAGUAGAGUACCGCGUC